ACUCACCUCACUAACUUCCUCGGCACACCCAGUGGAAUCCCAGACUUCAGAACGCCUGGCAGCGGACUUUAUGACAACCUUCAACAGUACAAUCUGCCCUAUGCUGAGGACAUAUUUGAAAUAAAUUACUUUCAUCACAAUCCAAACCCUUUUUUCGCUUUUGCCAAAGAGCUUUAUCCUGGUAAUUACCAACCCAAUCUGACACACUACUUCAUUCGCCUGCUUCAUGAUAAGGGACAACUGCUCAGGAUGUACACACAAAACAUUGAUGGACUCGAGCGAAUGGCUGGCAUUCCCCCAAAUAUGUUGGUGGAGGCACAUGGAACAUUUGCCACGGCCAAAUGCACAGUUUGCCGAAGAGAUUACAGGGUAGAGGAACUCCGGAAUGAUAUCAUGGAAGGAACAAUCCCCAAAUGCCCUACUUGUAAAGGAAUCAUCAAGCCUGACAUUGUAUUCUUUGGUGAAGAGCUCCCUCAGCAAUUUUUCACCUACCUUACAGACUUCCCGAUAGCACACUUACUCAUUGUCAUGGGAACAUCUCUAGAGGUGGAACCCUUUGCCAGCUUGGCUGGUGCCGUGCGUGGUUCAGUGUCACGGCUUUUGAUAAAUCGAGAUCUUGUGGGGCCAUUUGCUUGGGGGUCCCAACGUCACAAUGAUGUGGCUGAGCUGGGUGACGUAGUUAGUGGGGCAAAAAAGCUGGUGGAGCUCCUUGGUUGGAAGCAGGAAUUAGAAGCCUUAAUGAAUGUUGGUGGAGACAAGACUUCAGUGAACAAGGAGGAGUGAGCAACCAAAUUUCAUCUUGACAUGCGGUCUGGAGAUCCAGAAUGGGACUGAUUGUUGGUUGGCCCUUUGGAAAGCCCAGUCAUUGAGUUCUGUCUCAGUAGUGAGCAUGCACUAGUGGGACUGGGUUUCAUUUGUUGACAAGGUGUAACUGAAUAUACUGGGUUGAGCAUGAAGAUCUAGAACUAAAUAACUAGGUCACCUCUGUAUGUGCUGUAGGAAUGUAGUAAUUCAUACACACUGUUUAAAAUAAUGAAUACUGUAAUGUAGCUGAUAAUUAAAGAAGCAAAAAAUGUUUUAAUUUCU